UACUCCUCCGCCGUCGCCGCCGCCGCCGCCACUGCCCGCGCGCCCCCACGGUGGCGCGGCUGAGAGCGACGCGCACUUCACUGCGACCAUCCAGCGCGGUAUACGGCGCGCACGAGAGAGCAAAUGAUUUCAGUCGCGCUCCGGCCUUUGUCGCAAGGGGAUCGUGUUACGUUGCUGUGCGUUGUGUGUGUCGUUCUCGUCUCGCUCUCGUUAUCUCGGCCCGUUACCAGUGCUCUCGUCGUGCGCGAGAUCGUCGUCGAGGAGACUCAAGGAGACGCACGAGUUGCGCUCUUCAUCCGUAUAACUCCGUGUGCGCGCGUCUACUAAUCCACGCGAGUGAUUGGCGCGCACGAUUUUGCCGCCGUGUUCCUGCUCUCACGCCUAUCAGCUUCGCGUCGCCGAUUGGAGGGAGAGAGGGAGGGAUCUUUCAGUAUACCGCGUUGUAUCGCGACUUGAAUCGUCCAGUGUGCGUGUCGCGAGUACGUCGUUCAUUUAUUACGUAAGCCUCGUGCCGAUCAUCGACGGUGACGUGUGCCCGUCCGAAGAUCACCGGUGGAUAUUUCUUCCUCCUCGCUGCCUUCCCGCUGCCGCAAGUCGUCUCAAGGACAACGAUCGAUCGAGUAACCGUGCGGGAAUAGCGGGAAUAGCUUCGAGGACUCCGAAAUAGACAUGUGCAUCGAGAAUCAGUCGAACGUUGUUCGCCAAUGACGCAGGGAAUUUCAAGAAGCUCUGGGCAGAGGAACAUUAAUUCAUGACAUCGAUAUUGCUCGAUGGACCUUUCAAGUGCAGAAGGAAGCAAAUGUUGAAGGAUUUACACCUUUACAUACAUGGUCUCUUACUAUGCGGAAGUUCGAAGACACAUGUUACGUACACGUAUCGCAUGGAACAGGCGGCUACGUAUGGCUACGUUAUGGUAACGGCGACAAGGUGACAACGUAGACAGUAAACGCACGUAGACAACAAUCGAUUGAAAAUGGCUAAGAGCGCUGAGAGAUUGCCUGGUUCUUCCACCAGACUUAGGACUAGAGACGACGGAUGCUGCUCCGUGAAUUUCUUGAAAUACGUCCUUCACAUUUACAACGUGGUGUUGUUUCUGUCUGGAUUAGUAGUAGGUGGAAUUGGUAUCUGGACAGUAGUAUCGAAGCACAGCUACGUGUCUCUGAUGUCCACCUCGACGUAUCCCACUUUGGCUUACGCUCUGAUCGUAGCAGGUGUAUUGGCUGUCAUCGGUAGCUGGCUUGGGUGCGGCGGUGUAACCUCGGAAAAUCGAUGUAUCCUCCUUAUAUAUGUCUUCGUGGUGAUGGCGGUUCUGGUGCUGGAAGCUGGAGUUGGUGCUCUGGCGCGUCUCUACGAAGAGCAGGUCGGUCCUGAAUUGAAGAUGAAUCUAAACCGUACUUUCCUCGAGAACUAUUCCGUGCGAUCCAAGGAAACUGCAGCGAUUGACCAAAUGCAGAAAGAAUUUAAAUGCUGCGGCGCCUUGAGAUUUGAAGAUUGGCUCGUGAGCGAAUGGCACAAAGAUGAGGAGGUCCUUAAGAACGGUAGUGUCGUACCUGACAGCUGCUGCAAGACGCCGACUUUACUUUGCGGGAAAAGGGAUCAUCCUUCCAAUAUUCAAUACACGGGCUGCAUUUAUAAGUUCCUGGAGACAACAAAGGACCACCUGAUAAUUCUAGGCGCCGUUGGACUUGGUCUAUCCGUCCUUGAACUUUUCGGCAUCGUUCUUGGCUCUUGCCUCUAUAUAAAGCUCAGACAUGACUUUGACGACUGAGAAUUGCUUCAAUGCCGCGAGGGCAACAACAACGGCCAGUCGUGGUGCAGGUACAUGCAAAACAGUCCGGGGACUGUUUGAUCGUCGGAGUAGGGGCAGGAGGACGCGCAAUUAAAACCGCAGGAUCACUUGGAUAAAAAGGAUCCAUUUUUAGCCGCGACUCUUUUUUGCGACUCCGCCUCUUUGCCCUACUCGUUCUCCUUCUUCUCGUAUAUUUUGAGAAAAAUCAGUGAACAAAAAUGAUAGUAGCGAAAAGAAGAGGAUGCUAUCUCCGUCAACAGUUUGUCUCGUCUCCUGCGUUCAACAAAUGUUCAAAGGAAACAAUGAUGGAUUAAAGAUAAAAGAACAUAAAAAUUGGACUCGAUAUUUUUAGAUCGCGAAACGAAGGAAUAAAUGUGCAUUUUUAUUGUUGAAUCUGUGCACACUAGGUCAGGUUUAAGAUUCAUAAGACUCAUAUCGAUAAUAUGAGUAACAAUAAUGAGAGCGGUGUCAUUACAAGAUAUAUAUGUACUCU